AUCUACAAUAAUCUGCAAUCCGUCUUCCAAAAAUUGUUUGAAUGGAUGGCUGAGCAGCUCAAGGACUCGCUUUGCUUGGAAUAUGACGACCUACGCAUGGACGCGGAGGUAUUACCGGGGAAUGCCAGUUCUCUGGUCCAUCCCUUCCUGUCACUCGUUGUCAACCUGAAUGUGGCCACUCUGGCUCACAGAGACAAGCAGGAUAAAUCACUCUGUGUGGUCUUGGCGGUGGGAGAGUUUGAGGGAGGCGAGCUGUGUCUGUAUGAGCCCGGCCUGGCCCUU